AUGAGUGGUGGCCAGGACCAGGAGGAUAUUGGCAUCUGCCCUAGCUUCAAUUGCUAUUCAGCUGAUGGAUUAGCAGAAAUUGCAUUAAAAGUAUCCAAGGAGAACUCAAAUGAAGACGAUAAAGAUGAUGACGAUGAGGAUUUUGAGUUUUCUUUGGUAAGCGAAAAUCAUGAAGUUUUAACCGGAAACAGCAAAAUCAAGCCAAUUUUCCCUAUAUUUAAUCGCGAUCUUUUGGCGAAUAACGAUAAAAAGCGAUCGGAAUCGUCUGAUCAGGUGGAGAGUAUUAAAAUUCCGUUGAAUAAAUUAUUUAUCGAAGAUCGCGGUGAGAAGGAGCGUGAGAGUCCAUCGUCGUCUUCAUCGGAAGCUGAUGAAUUGGAGAGCGUCCCACCGGGAACGUACUGCGUGUGGAGGCCAAAUGUGACGGAACCAUCGCCGAUCCGGUGUCAGAAAAGCAAGUCCACCGGAUCUGGCUCGAAGAGGUGGAAGCUUCGCGAUUUGAUGCGACGAAGCAAUAGCGAUGGCAAGGACUCUUUUGUCUUUUUGACACCAAAACACCGGGGGGAAGAGAAACCGGGGAAGAUUGAGACUUCGAAAAAAUCAAAAGCAAAAGGCAGAGUCCUAUACGGUGGCGCGCCGGGAUCAUCAUCAGCUCACGAAGCGCACUACAUAAGGAAUAGAGCGAUCAAAGAGGAGAAUAAGAAGAAAUCGUAUUUACCGUACAGAAGAGACCUCGUAGGGUUUUUCGCUAAUGUCAACGGUUUAGGCAGGAGCUUUGCACCGAUGUAG